GUAAAAGCACAAGAACAACUCUCUUCUGCAGAGCUCGGGAGACGGUGAGGUUCUCUCCCUUUUACACACACAAAAAAUUUGAGUUUGAGCAGAUAGCUGGAUGUUCCAGAGUGAAUCAAACCAGUGAGUCUGUGUGCAGAUGCCAGUACCUCUGGAGAACUAAGUGUCCACAAUGUCUCUGAGAAACCUGUCAGUCAAAGCUCUUCUGUUCCUUGGGAUUUGUCAGGUGGGGCAUAGGGGUCUUGCCUCAGCCCCCGAGCUGAAAGAGCAGCCUAAGAAAAUCGCCAUCAUUGGAGGAGGAAUCGGAGGAACAGCAGCAGCAUAUUUCCUCAGGCAGGAGUUCGGACCGUCCGUCAAGAUUGACGUGUUUGAAGCAGGAACUGUAGGAGGACGUCUUGCUACCGAGAACAUCAGGGGACACGAUUAUGAAAUCGGAGGGUCCAUCAUACACCCGCUUAAUUUGCAUAUGAAGCACUUUGUGGACAAACUGGGUUUGUCCGCCCGUGCUGAUGUCCCCUCUAAGGUGGCCAUAUUUAACGGAAAGGAGCUGACCUUCGAGGAAAGCAACUGGUUCAUUGUGAACUUCCUGCGGAUGCUGUGGCGCUACGGCUUAAACUCCAUUCGCAUGCACAUGUGGGUGGAGGGCAUUCUGGAUAAGUUCAUGAGGAUUUAUCAAUACCAGCAGUUUGGUUACUCCUUCUCCAGUGUAGAGCGGCUCUUGCACGCCAUGGGUGGAGACAGCUUCCUGAUGCUGCUCAAUCAGACGCUGGAGGAGGCCAUGCUGGCCGAUGGCUUCUCUCAGGUCUUCAUCAAUGACAUUGUGACUCCAAUCUCGCGCGUUAACUAUGGCCAGAGUGUUCGCCUCAGCGCUUUCGUGGGUGCCGUGUCCCUGGCCGGUGCAGACUCUGGCCUGUGGGCAGUGGAUGGAGGAAAUAAGCAGGUUUGCUCGGGGCUUUUGUACAACAGCAAAGCUGAAGUUAUCCAGGCCCGAGUCACGUCUGUUUCUGUGAAGAUGAGGCCAUCCAGAAGCGGUACUGUAGCGAACUUUUAUGAGCUGAACUACGUUGGUGACUCUGGCCCCGCCCACUCCCUUUAUGACAUUGUGAUCGUGGCCACGCCUCUUCACCAAGGUCUCUCUGACAUUAGCUUCUCUGGCUUCUCUCCUCCAAUCCCAUCUCACUUUCCUGGACGCUACCACCAGACUGUUGCCACGCUGGUCCUGGGCCGGCUCAACAUGUCGUAUCUGGGAACCAAUCAGAAACCGGCCGACUUUGCCGUCUCUGAUAUUCUGACCACGGAUAACGAGGUGCUGGCUAUCAACAGCCUGGGCUCUCUGGACCCAAUCCGUAUUCCCCAGGGUUACCGCCAGCCUCCAGCCAGCGAGAGCAGAGUGUGGAAGGUAUUUUCCCAGGAGCCGCUGUCUAAGGAGCAGCUGCGGGAGAUUUUCGUGUCGUGGGAGGGGGUGUGGGAGAAGCGCUGGCUGGCUUACCCCUCAUACAGUCCCCCACAGCGGCGCAUGCCACCGUUCAUUCUCCAUGACCGUAUAUUCUACCUCAACACCAUUGAAUGGGCUGCCAGCUGCAUGGAAAUGAGCGCCAUCUCAGCCCGCAACGUGGCGCUGCUUGCCCACCACCGCUGGCACGACCAGACCGACAAAAUCGACCAGGAGGACCUGCACACCCGCCUCCGUGGAGAGCUGUAGAGGAGGCGGGGAGCAGAGUCCAGUCCUGGAGUGCCUCAUACGGUUUACCCUACAUUUUCAGCUGAACGUCGCUGGAUCCUCUAUAUUACGAGGAUGUUAAGAAGCUGAAAUAUGAAUUUUACAACAUGUAAGCUAACACUGCUGCACAUUGAAUUGACAUCACAAGGCAGCGAGUGCACAAGAAUACCUCAAACAAACCAGCAAGAUUUAUCCAGUGUGGGAGUUAAGGUGCUUUGGGAGUAGUAGAGUAUGGUAGGAGUAGCUGGAGUUGGUAUAUAACAGUGUUACAGUUACAGUGUUGUUUAAAAGUAGAUCUGCUUUAAUGCAACAUCAAUAGUGGUAGCUUGUCAUUAGCACAGAUGUAGCAAUGUUCAUAUUUCGACUCCUUAACAACCUCGUAAUUUAGAGGAUCCAGUGAUGUUCAGAAGAAAAUGACUGUAAGAUCUGAAUCCUUUCUUAUUUACCACAGGGCACCGACUUUCAAGAAUCCUUUUGAUUUUUGCCAUAGAGAAAUCCAGCUUUGACCUGAAGUUGCUAAUAUGGGUGUGGACACCAGCUGUAGAAUGACACAUGCCUUCAGAGUUCUAUUGCACAGUAAGCUGGCCACAACUAUUGGUUGCAUUCUGAUUGGCUAUACUCACGUCAUUGUGUGCACACACUUCCAUGCAACAGGUUUCAUCAGUCUGGAGCCUUUUGGAUUGAGACCGUUCACUGAAUUGAAAAAAGUUUCACAACAUUGUGUGUUUAAAAGUUGUUUGAGUUUUCUUUGAAGCAUUUAGUUGCUUUUAAGUAAGAUAUCUUCACGUUCGCCAACGCAUUUGUUUUCCAUGUGUCUGUGUUGGUUGUAGCUCCCCUACACGUCAUGCUACACUGGGGGUCUGUGAUUGGAGCUGUCAAAGUUAACAGGAUUUAAAAAAAUGUUUCCAUCUGCUACCAUGGCGUAAAUUUGUUUAAUACUGAAGUGUGCCAUGUCUGAAGCAUCUUUUACAAGUAAAACAGAGCACUGAUGCCAGCAAUAUCAGUAACAUUUAUAAUGUAAGCACUGGCAGACUACACUGGACAGUGCUUGCAGGAAAACUAUAGACAAAUCAACAACCCAUGCGCUAGAAAACAGAGUGAAAGCUACAGUUCCCCUCAAAACAACAUGUAACUCAGCAGUAUGAGGUGCAAGAGAGGAGGUGGAACAUGCAGUCACUGAUGCUCUCACUGGAUGCCGUGGAAAUUGGAAACUUCGCUCACCCUAUUUUCAUGUUCACUCUGCAUUCAUGCGUAUGUUAAUGUUGAAUUAUUGAAAGUUAUGAACACAUUCUGAUGAAACUCAUUUUGUCCACAUAUAUAGCUGUAACAAAAUGUACUACCUUUUGAAUAGCAAAACUUUCCUUAGGCUCAAAUUAGAACAAAUAUGUCGAUUGGAUAUGAUAAACUAAUAUAAUUAAUCGUGAUUAUUUAAUCAUUUAACAGUCCUUGUUAUUUCAUGUCAACCAAAAGGCCUUUCCUGGUAGGUGAUUCUUGGCCAUGUUGAGUGACAAAACACUCCAGACUUGGGCAGAUAUCUGGCUUGCGAGACUAGCCGUCCUUCAUCAGUGGUCAGUUUUUGGCAACAGAACCACUGAAUAUUUUUGGGACCGCUCUCAACCAAGUAGCAACACUGACGUGUGUGCGAAAGUUCCAAAAUAUCUGGACAGCAGUGGCUCUGUGGAAACUGACCAGUGAUGAAUGAGGUCAAGGGGGCUGAUAAACUGUGCAGCAGCAGAUGGAGUGCAGUUUCUAACUGUAAAGCUGUACUGCAGACCUGCAAGGUAGAUGGAGCUCCUAAAGUGGAUAAAGUAAAGUGCUCCUUUAAGAAGCAGCCGUAAAGGCUUAGCUUACUCAGACUCUUCAAAAUAGUUUUGUCUCCAGCAGCACUAACCAGCCACUUUAAAAGAACAAAAACACUUUUGUUGGUGUUUAGUAUUUUUGUGAUUAAUGGAGUUGAAUAAUUAAUUGUCUCACACAAAUUUAAUACAUUUAAGGAUUUAAUGUAAACAACUUUGAUACAUUUGAUUAAAGAUCAUUUUUUGGGGUUCCUGCAAGUGCAGUUGUAAAACUGAUUUUUUUUGUUUAAUAAGGAUUAAUCUGCUGAUCUGUUUAUGAACUGCUGGUGAGUAAAAAGGAGUAAAAUGGCAGAGAACCUUUCAUUUUUUGAUCAAAUAACACUGCUGAUGUAAAAAUUCAGGGUUAAACUGCACAAAUGAUCAGUUCUUAUUGAAUUCCCUGUUUGUAAUAAGCAUUGAGAAUGAAAAAAAGAAGUUUGUACCUUUUUUUUAAGGAGUGAACAGUUGUCACUGCACCAGUCAAUAGACCUGCUCAAGACCUGCUUCUUUAUACUUUUGGUGGGUUGUAGCAAAUGUGAUUUGUAUUAAUUUUGCCAAUGAUAGAAGUUUGUAAUGAUUAUUUCAUAGAAUUGAAAAAUAUUGUCUUCCAAAAAGUGAUCUUUGUUUACAUUCAGUAAUAAAAUGGAAAAGUUUGUUGAUUGUUUAAAA